CCUGUGGGGCAUGGAAGCAGCCUUCUCGGUAGCCCAGAGAGGAGCGAGCGAGCCCCGCUGCCUGUGACCCAGGCGACAGGCUGCUGUCCCCUGCCUGGGGAGCUCAUUAUCCACAUAGAGGUCUCGCCCUUCCUGCUCUUCCAAGUAUCCCUCUGCAGGGCCGGCUGAAGCCAGGAGGCAAACCAGAGGGGAACAUGGAGCUGCUGUCCACCCCCCACAGCAUUGAGAUCAACAAUAUCACCUGUGACUCUUUCCGUAUCUCCUGGGCCAUGGAAGACAGUGACCUGGAGAGGGUCACCCAUUAUUUCAUUGACCUCAACAAGAAGGAAAACAAGAAUUCCAACAAGUUCAAGCACCGGGAUGUCCCCACCAAGCUCGUGGCCAAGGCAGUGCCUCUGCCCAUGACAGUGAGAGGCCACUGGUUCCUGAGUCCCCGGACAGAAUACAGUGUGGCUGUGCAGACAGCGGUGAAGCAGAGCGACGGGGAAUACCUGGUGUCUGGCUGGAGUGAGACAGUGGAGUUCUGCACUGGGGACUAUGCCAAGGAACACCUGGCUCAGCUUCAGGAGAAGGCUGAGCAGAUCGCUGGCCGCAUGCUCCGCUUCUCUGUGUUCUACCGCAACCAUCACAAGGAGUACUUCCAGCAUGCCAGGACCCACUGUGGGAAUGUGCUGCAGCCUUACCUGAAGGACAACAGCGGUAGCCACGGCUCCCCGACCAGUGGCAUGCUGCAUGGUGUCUUCUUCAGCUGCAACACGGAGUUCAACACCGGCCAGCCUCCCCAGGACUCCCCUUACGGCCGCUGGCGCUUCCAGAUCCCUGCCCAGCGCCUCUUCAACCCCAGCACCAACCUCUACUUUGCGGACUUUUACUGUAUGUACACAGCCUACCACUAUGCCAUCCUGGUCCUGGCACCUAAAGGCUCCCUGGGGGACCGCUUCUGCCGUGACCGUCUGCCCCUCCUGGACAUUGCCUGCAACAAGUUCCUGACCUGCAGUGUGGAGGAUGGGGAGCUGAUCUUCCGCCAUGCUCAGGACCUCAUCCUGGAGAUCAUCUACACGGAGCCCGUCGACCUGUCCCUAGGCACCCUGGGAGAGAUCAGUGGGCACCAGCUCAUGAGCCUGUCCACUGCUGAUGCCAAGAAAGACCCCAGCUGCAAGACCUGCAACAUCAGUGUGGGCCGCUAGGGACUCCUGGGGAGCCGGAGGGCUGGGGAGAGAUGACAGAAGGAUGGGGGAGACGUGUGGCUUAGGUUUGGGGAGCUGGCUUUCUCUCCCCUUCCCCUGCUCCCUCCACUCUGUCCAUCUACGCCCUAUGCCCCCAUGUUGGAGAUAACAGAAGGUGGUCCUCUUAAGUUAGCAUGGUCCAUUCCAGGUCCGGUGGACUCGGGGAGGGGAGUUCUCAGCAGGUGAUAACUUCCUUUUCUGUUUCCCUCUUCUGUUUUUUGGCCUCAAACAGGCCUCCAGCUCCCAGAGUCCUCCCUGCCUCCUGGGCCAAAGCCCAUGUGUAGCCUGGCCUCCGUGUAGAUGCAGAAAGCUGUGGGGUACAUCCUUCCUAGCCCCACCCACCCCACUCAGGGUCACCCCAGACAGCCCCCACCCUACUCAGCUAGGCCUGAGGGCCUUGACUCCUCCAGGCCAGGACCCUUCCUCUAUAAAUAACCCCCUGCAUUGCUGUCUCACCCUGGCUGCUCCUUCCCUCCCAGAGCCCACUUCCCGCAUGGGAGAACUGUCCAUCCUUUCUGUCACUGUCACUGGCCCACUCGAGAUGCCUUCCCACUCUCUCAUUUUCUAGUUCGAAGGGCUCUGGUCUCUUGAGAUUUUAUUUUCUUCUCUCUGGGGAUGAUAUACUCCUCAGCAAACCUUCUCCCUUGCUCAGAGAGCACCAGGGUCUGUAAAAGACAAAAAAACAACUGCUGGGGUCGAGGAGGGGGAAGGCGACCCCUGAGACCUGUUUCUCAGCCGGAAGUGGGCCACCUCAUGUCUUGAUGGGCCUGACAGAGCUAGAAAACUGAGUGUGACCCACAGAACCCUGGCAUCCUGCCCGGCUGUGCACUUUGCUCGCUCACUCGCCCGCUCUACCUUGGAGUCAUGACUGUUCUGUGCCGUGUGAGCCAAACAGUGGGCUCGCCAUCACGCCACAUCUUGCUCCAAAUACCAGCCCUGUCUGUUCUCUGGGCUGAUCCCUUGGGAAGUUCCCGAUGAACUCCCCCACAGCUUCUCGUGUUUUCACCUUGUUCUCACCAUUGUCUGGGUCAGGAGGGUGGUGAAGGUGGACUCCCUGCAACACGACAAGCAGGUAGAGAGAGAGAAAUUCACAGUAACGUUCUCAUAGCUGACAGAUGACUCAUGGGCAGCUGGAUUUCUGUGAAGGACAGAGGAGCUGGCAGACCCACGGAGCCAUAACCCCCGAGGGAUGGGAAAAUGGCUGGUUACCAGAGACAGGGCUUGUAGACAGUCAAGUACCUCGCUUGGGAUGGACGAGGAGGUCUGGGAUCCCGGGGAAAUGUGUAGAGAAGAGGAUUUGACCCUCCAAGGCCCUUCCCCUGUGCUGCUGGCAUUGCUAUUGGGCGUGGCCUACUGCCUACUCCUCUGUCCCUGGGUGGGGCACAAUCCUCCUGUGCUGUGCUUGCCCUGUGCAUCAAUAAACCACCAUGGCCC